CGCACUGUGUCGUUUACUGUUUACAACACUGACAGAUAAUUGAAAUUGUUAUUUAUAUUUUUUAUUUAUUAUAAUGAAGAAUGUGAAUGAUUAAUAAAAACUUUAUGCAUAGGUGGGACAAUAGUUGAAUUAUGUUUAUAUAAUAAUUUUUCACAUACAUAACAUUUUAUAGCUUAGACUUUUUUUAUUGCGUUGAUAUGUUGCCAAAUAAUACAUUUAAUGACCGAAACUUUACGAUUUGCACUAUUUCCGAACAAGUUUGCAUAUAUUUUGAAUAAUUAUGGGCUGAAAGUAAAACAAUUGAUCUCUUCCAUCAAUGUUGUAAGGAUAAGUCUCUGUUAAUGGAUGAUCACUUGUGAUUCACCAUAGAGGAUAUUAGAGAUAAAACAUGGACGAGAUGAUUAAUAUUGACGAUGUUGAGACUGGAGUGCGUUCCUCCAAGAGUUCAGCAAUUCCAUUUGGUUGCGUCAGUUCAAACUCUGUGUGCUAUGUCGCGAUUACGAUAGCGACUCUCGCCUUUCUUGGCACCAUUGUUUUUGUUUGUCGCGAUUACAUCCGGAUACUGCUCUAUUGGAUUGAGCAUCAGAAUGCUUGGAUUAUUGCCAUUAUUUUCAUCGGCCUGUUCACAGUUGUGUCGUUCCCCAUUGUGAUUGGCUACCUCUUUCUCAUUGUUGCCAGCGGGUACCUGUUUGGUGUGAUACAUGGUAUGGCAAUUGUUGUGCUUUCUGCUAAUCUUGGCAUUGCCAUCGCUCAUGUCACCCUGGGAUUGUUGUCUACUCGGCUGCCGAUCGGAGCACUUCUGCAGAGCGACACUGCGCGUGCAAUACUGCGUGUUAUCUGUGGACCACAGGCCUUCAAGAUUGUGUUGUUUGCGCGACUCACACCAAUCCCAUUUGGUCUUCAAAAUACUAUCUUUGCAGUCAGUAACAUAGGCGGUUUUCGUUACCACGUAGCCAGCGCGAUAGGUCUACUACCUGCCCAACUGGUCAACGUCUACCUGGGCAGCAGUUUGAGAUCGAUGCAAGAUGUACUGGAGGAUAGAUCAACGGCGGCAACCGGUUACAUUGUCUUCUGUUUUCAGAUAUUGGUGGGAGUUUCGCUGAUGGUCUAUAUUGUACAGAAAGCGCGAAAGGAGCUGCAGCUGACGCUGUUCGAGGCCGAUCUUGCGUCCAUGACGAAUUCCCCGCAUUACAUCAUCGACGGUCUGCCGGAGUCCAAGAUUAUCUUAACGAAUCUAAUUACGUAAUUUUUUUAUGCGAAGUGUCGCUUAUAAUUUUACCAUAAGCGGCAGUCGCCUUUUUUCCUGACAUUCUCACUGAUAUUAUUAUUAUUAUUAUUAUUAUUAUUAUUAUUAUUAUUAUUAUUAUUAUUAUUAUGAUUAUUAUUAUUAUUCGUUUUUAUGCGAUACUUGUUUCCUCUUGCGUACUUCCAGAUAUGUAUUUCGCUAACUUGUCUCGGUGCUUCUGAAAAUCUAGGCUUUCGCGUGGAAAUCUCUUAUCGUGGAGAUGACGCAUAUCAAGUCUUACCAAAGCUAAUGUAAACCUUAGUGACAAACAAAGUUGAUGGAGUUAUAGUGCGCAUAUAUAUUUUGAUAAAUAUGGGCGUAACUGCGAGUCCGACUGUGUAUAAGGCUUUUCCUCGCAAUAGAGUACACUAUUAUAAUUUAUGUAUUGUUCGUACAUAUAUACAUUCAACGUUAAUAAUAGAGACUGAGACUUUACAUUUACACCUUUUACAACGUUCGAUUGACUUUGUUCAUUCUUUCAGUUCGAAAUCCGUUGUUGUUAAUUAACGUUAGUUAACGUCUGUACAUUUGUCCGUCUUCGUGCAAUGUAUUCCGCGUUUAUAUAUAAAUAAUAAAUUGUAUAUUAUAUAUAAAUAAUUAUAUCUGUAUCAUAAUCUCUCGAACAGAGAAUAGCAAAAUAAAUUUGGCAUUUCUUCAACUGAGAA